AUGGACGAAGAAUGUCGAGCCACCAUAAUUGUCUAUAUCACAGACUUGUUCGACGAUGGGCGAGACUUUGCAUACUACUUACCGAGCCAAGAAGAUAUCAGUACAUUCAAUGCUGGCAUGAACGGGAUGCAAGCGUACGGCGGACCUCUUGUCGCGACCCCCAUUUUCAUCGGCGACCAUGUCAAGCUGCGCAAAAGUCAUAAACUCGUAGGGAAACAGUCUUCGAUGGACGUAUCGAGGUGGAAGUAUCUGUACGAGACGGCCAGGGUAGCAUGGGGUAGGCUCAUCAUCGACCCUGAGAAGGAAGUGCACUCGGUGACCUCGACGGAGGCUGGAGAAAUCCAGGCUGGCGCAAAAGCGGACGGUAAGGGUGAGAUAAAAUUCACAUCGGUGGAAGAGCCUCCCACGCGUGCUCAUUCACCCAGGAAUGCUAUUCGCGAGGCAAAUGCUGCCACCCUAUACAGCGCUUCCGAAGUGACCAGGAAAAGCAAAAUCAGUUACCUGGAAUCGACGUUUCAAGCCAUCAAGAACACAGCUAGAGAAGACAUAUUUGGCGAGAUGCUGGAUCUUGAGCAUGACCAGCGGCAACUCAAUGAGGUCCAAGCAGCAAGUUCGGGAUCUGCCAGCGGAUCCAAACUGCGCAAGGUGCAAGAGCUUACGAGGGAACAAGAAGCCGAGCUGGAAAGUCUUGUGAGCAUCAUCGGUCAGCCAAUAGCACGCGCACUACCAUUUCUCACAUCGAAUGACUGGAAUUUGGACGAUGCAAUAUCGGCCUAUUAUCAGAGUCUUGAUGACAAAUAUUCGGACGAGGACGAGGACGAGGACGAGGACGAUUUCGACGAAGAAGAGAUUGCCAGGGCGGUCAAGAAUAGCCAGGAUGAUCUUCUGAAAGACGACUACUUCACGACAAGCCCAGGCGGGCCUGGUGGCGGCGGAUCUCAGCCAUCGAAGAGCACAUGGUCGGCAAAUCCUAACCAAGCAGGUUCCAGUGGUGUCAAGAAGUUGCCAAAACUCACAGAGCAAGAAGAGAUGCUGGAGCUGCAGGCCGCGAGAGACAAAUUGGAUCGCCUCGUUCAGGAAGAACGACAGAGUGGCGGCAAUAAUGGCACCGGCAGAGAAGAGCGUGACAACGACAGCGACAACGAGUUCGGAGCCUCAAAAGACGUUAUCGAGUUCCAGAAAGCAACAAACCCCGAGCUGAUAGCUAUCCAGGCACGCAUCGUCAAGAUGCAGCAAACGAACACAGAGGUCGAAAAGCGCAAGCAAAGCUUCAGCCCGAUGUUAACAGAGUUUCUGCAACAUAUGCAGGAGAACAAUCAAUCUUUGAGCAACCCUCUCAAGGCUAUCGAGCCGAUCCGUGAAUCUGUUGAGAGCGACGCAAGGACGCCUACGAAACGACCAUCCCUCCAGACAGCACUUGACGUUAUAAAUAGCAAGAAACGCGUGAGCUCAGGCCAUCCUCAUGGUCAAAGUCCAACCAAGAAAAAAAGAGAAGGUCAGGAUUACAGCAAUUUCGGUGCCCAAGAUACGUCUUGGGAGACGCCGCAGCCUUAUUCUGGAACGGCAAUGGCAGAUAGACUCCCAACUGACGAUUCUAUGGACGAGCCUCUCGAUUUCGACACCAAGUAUUCAAUACUCGUCUCCAUGGACUUGGGCGAUGAAGAGCUCUGCAUGCAGCAGCUGUUGCAAAAUGAGGGUGAUCUGGAGCGGACUAAGACGCAACUACAUUCACUGGCGUACUUGCACAAGUUGGAUACAGGAGAACUGGAAGUGCCUGACGAAGUUAAUCAGGACAAAGGCAAAGGCGUAGACGAGCAGCAGCCAGAUGUGUUCCAAGCCGCGAACCACCUCGCCAUCCUUCGAUCCAUGCAUCUCGCCUCGGACAAGAGAUGCCUGGAGGCUUUGCAAGUGACCCGAGGCGACUUGGCACGUGCAACUGACAUUCUUCGUAUGGAGGCAGCUGCAGCGAUUAGUGGUCCGCCUCCACCCACCUCUCCCACGUCUCACCCAUCCCGUCAACUCCCACCACCUGCCUCACGUCCCGCCCUCCCAAACCUCGAUUACUUCGAUUUGAACCAAGCUGAUCCCGCCACUUUUGGCCAAUCAGGAGAAUCAAAUAUACAGCAGCCACACGGUGGUUCGAGCCAAAUCUCAGAUGAAUGGCAGCGCACUCUGGACACCCUAAAGAGUAAUAUAGCUACGGCUCAGCGCCUCCUCACUCCAUCGCCUCCACUCGUCAGCGAAGAAAGUCUCGCCACCUUACACGCCAUGGGCUUCUACGACCAUGAGAAAAAUAUCGAGAUGUUGGAGGCGUGUGGCGGCGAUGUUGGCAUGACUGUUGAAGAGCUACUGAAACCCGACACAAGCCCCGAAGAAGAAAGGGCGUCAUCGCAGCUGAACACCAACUUUACGAGAAGCGGGGAGAGGAAGAAGCAAUCUGGCAUCCAUCUGGGUGGCUGGAAUACCCAGCCUGUAGCGAACGAGCGGAGAACGAAUUCCUUCCCACCGAUGCCAGACACGGCAAUUUUGCCGGAGCUGGCGUAUGAGGGCAAGGGAAAAGGCAGGGCUGUUGACGCUGGAGGUGGUUUGGGUGGUCUUGGGCAUGCCACGUCCUCGGCCGAGAUCCGAAAAGAUGAGAGGAAAGAUAGCAAGAAUGACGAAGAGAGUCAGUCCAGAAACGAGGAGGGUGGCGAGGGAGAUGUCGAGAUGCGGGGUUUAGGAGUAGAGUAG